AUGGCGCUUCGGCUCUGCCUUUUGUGGUUCAUCUUUGUUGUCUUUGCUGUGGUGAUCUGUUCUGCUUCAGUGUCAGCAUCAGGGAUUCCUUGCUUCUCUACUUCAGUUGAUUCACUCACAGUCCUCAAUCUCGCAAAUAACUCCAUUGUCGGAGGGAUUCCCACUUGCAUUUCAUCUUUGCGAGCUUUAAAGGUGCUCAAUCUCUCCUUCAAUAGCCUGAAAUAUGACAUUUCGCCGAGAUUCAUAUUGUCGGAGAAGCUACUUGUUCUGGACCUAAGUUCCAACAAUAUCUCUAGUCUUCUACCGAGUAAAAUUGCAGCAACAACAGAAAAAUCUGGUCUAGUACUUCUUGACCUCUCUCACAAUCGGUUUUCAGGUGAAAUAUCAGUGGAUAUUACAGAGUUGAAGGGCUUACAAGCAUUGUUUCCUUCAUAUAAUCUGUUAACAGUAGAGAAUCCAGUGAGAAUUCGAUAUCUAGUCAAAUUCCUGAGAGCAUUUCGGAUCUAUGAAAUCUACAACUUCGAUGAUGGUUGCGAGCUUCGUCGGUUGAAGAGCACUUUGACGACGGUUGCAAAGGGGUUGCAGAGCUGA